UUUCUUUUCCAAAAAAAAAAAAAUGAUGUACUUUAUUUCUAAAAAAAAAAAAUUCCUUUUUAAAUAAUUAUCAUCUUCACGAAAUUUUGAUUAGGGUUAAACACUUAAACGUGCUCUCCUCCAACAAUAUAAUCCCUUAAAUAAAAUCAAAACAACACCCUCAUUCCGGCCGAAAUAUUCAUUUUCCCUCAACAUUAUUUGAGAAUGAGGGAAGAGAGAAAAACAAAAAUACCCUAAAAAUUGAAGCUUUAACUUUCUCUCUCCUCCCUCCGUUAAUUUUUUUUUUUUUAAUUUUGUUUUUUGUUUUUUUUGUCAAUUUUUACUACUUACUCCAUUACUACAGUUAGGUCAGCAACCAUUAAUUUCGACUUUUAUGGCGGCUUUCUAAAAUCCCCAAAUUUCCCUCCAUUUUCAAAAUCCCUAAAAAUAUCAACAUCAACUCCCUCCUUUUUACAUUUUUCCCGCUCAAUUUUCACUCAAACAUCAACUUUUCGUUCCCUUAAUUUCAUUCUUCCCUCCUUAUUUUCAAAGCCCUAGAUUGUUUCAUCAAUUUUCUCUCUCUGGUGUAUGGAGGAAAAAACCCAGGAAAUCAAAAUCAAAACUCAAACCCUAGAAUUUUCUCAAUUUGAGGGUAUUUCACUCAAGGAAGAAAACCCAGUUUCGGAAACCAUGGAAAUCGGGAUCCUACCUUCAGAUAUCCCUAUUUCUGAUAAAUUUCUUGGUGGGUCUUCAAACAUUGAAGGCCUUCAAUCGGAGGAAAUUCCCAGAAAAGAAGAAUUUCCAGUUUCGGAAACCAUGGAAAUCGAAAACCCUUGUUCGGAUUCACCUGAAUCUGAUCAAACCCUAGCUGGGUCUGCAAAAAUCGAAGUAAACGGUGAAAAGAUUGAUGGUGUUCAGAGUAGUAAAACCCUAACAGAGAUUAGCUCAGAAGGGGAUAAAGAAUUCGAAGAUGGCAUGUUCUUCGAAACCCCAGAUGUUAAAGAAGGGGGUGAUAAAUUGGAAGAUGCCCAGAUUUCUGAAGCCCUAGAUGAAUCAAUUAAAGAAGGGGGUAAAGACAUAGACGAUGCCGAGUUCACCAAAAUCGUUAGUGAAUUGCAAGAAAAUGAGGUUUUAGAGAAUUUAGAUCAAAUGAUAGAUUUUGGUGAUAAUGGUGAAGAAGAAGAUUCACCAGAUAGGAAGGGUUUGGGAUACUAUCCUCUUUUUGGGUCAUAUCAUCAAAAUUCUAGACCAAAUGGUCCUUGGACUGAAUUUGGCUCACCGAAUCAGUGUAUGUGUACUCGCUGUAUCGAGGACGAGGAUGAGGAGGAUGCUGAAGAUCCGUAUUCGAGCAAUCAUGCCAUGAUUGGGCCGAUGCGUAGACCGUAUUACGGUUCUAAUGCGAGGCAUAUGGGUAUGAUGCAUAGAGAUCAUAAUCAUAGGAGGCAUUGCAGGAGGAGGAAUCAUCGUUUCUGUGCAAGGCAUAGAGAAGCUGAGAUGUAUGGUUCUCGCUACCCGUAUUGUAAUGUGAGAAGAGGUAGUGAAAGGUUGCGGCUUAUGGAGUAUUCUGAACCCGAGCCGUGUCAUGUGGGGGCGGGUCUAGCUAACCUUGGAAAUACAUGUUUUUUGAAUGCAAUUAUGCAGUGUUUCACUCAUACUGUUUCUCUUGUUCAAGGGCUUCUGUCACUCAAACACGCGCCAUCAAGUCAUGGUACAGAUGAAUUUUGUGUGCUAUGUGCUGUGCGUGACCAGGUUGAGUUUUCACUGGGGUAUUCAGGGCGGGUGAUAUCUCCGACAUACCUUGUGGAUAAUUUGAGCAAAAUUUCCUCUUUUUUCCAGAGAUACCAACAAGAAGAUGCUCAUGAAUUUUUACAGUGUUUAUUGGAUAAGCUUGACAGUAAUUGGUCAGAGUAUGAGGAAAGUGCUAUUAAUAUAUCAGCACCUGGCUCUUCUCCAUCAUCAUCAUUUGAUGAUACAUUAGUGAGGCAGAUUUUUGGUGGUCGUCUUGUUAGCCAGAUUCGCUGUUGCAAUUGUGGUCACAAUUCUGAUACUUAUGAACCUCUAAUCGACCUGAGUUUGGAGAUUGAGGAUGUUGAUAGCCUGGAAAGUGCUUUAAAUUCCUUUACAAAGGUAGAGAGUAUUGAAGACACAGAAAAUUUUACAUGUGAUGGUUGCAAGGAACAGGUGAAAGUAGAGAAGCAGCUAAUAUUGGAUCAGGCUCCUUCUGUUGCUGCCCUCCAUUUGAAGAGGUUUAAGAGUGAUGGUGUCAUGGUUGAAAAAAUUGAUAAGAAGGUCGCCUUCCCGCUGGAGUUAGACUUGGGCCCCUACACCAAAGGCUCACAUAGUGAGAAUGAUGAUUUGAAAUACGAACUAUUUGCAGUUGUUGUGCAUGUUGGCUUUUCAUCCACUUCAGGGCACUAUUUCUGCUUCAUACGUACUGAUCCAGAGAAAUGGCAUCGAUUUGAUGACUCAAAGGUCACUAUGGUUUCUGAAGAAAUUGUGCUUUGUCAAGAUGCUUACAUUCUUUUUUAUGCGAGAAAAGGCACUCCAUGGUUUGGUAGCUUGAUUGAUAAAUGGAAAGUUGAGUGUCAUCAGAAGAUCUCCAGCACUUCUCCAAAGUCUGUUUUGGAUGACAUGAACCUUCCAUCUACUUCAUAUUCUGUUGGGAGUGGUCUUCAUGGUGUUGAAGUUGGUGGAAAUGGGGAUACUAUUGGAGACACUUCUACAGUGCCUACAACUUCUACUAGUGAGCAGCUUGGAAAGGAUAACUUUGAAACUAAAGCUGGUGCUGCAAUAAGACCUCAUGGCUGUGACACUUGUGAAGCUGAUGGAAAGAGGGAUGUUACUGGGGAUGCUUCAGUCACACCUGCAACUGAGUUAAUGCAAGAUGAGGUCAACACGAAUGCUAUUGAUGCCCAGGAUUCUCUAGUACCAAAUCAAAUUUCUGCUUCCUCUUGGAGCGUGCCAAAUAAUGUUGAGGUUAAGGAUGAUAAAUUUGAACUUGAUGUCCUGUCCUUGAUGGACGAAGAUGAUGUGACUGAAGACAAGACACCCUGUAAGAAAGUUGGAGAAAUCGAACAGACUUCACAUUUAGAGAACAUGUCUGGUGUUAAGCCAAACGAUGAUAUCGGCAUCAAACCUUGUACUCCUGCAAGAGCUCCUAGCCCGGAUAUAUACUCUGAUGAGGAGCCUCCAGAAGAGGCCUUCCGUAUCCCACUCGAUCAUCUCAAAAUAGAAGACAAGUCGUCAUCAGCUAAGAAGUUGAUCAAUAAAGAGAAACAGGAUAUGAAAAGGAAGGAGGCGAUGAAAUGUGUAAGGUCAAUGCCCUCAGGUAGGCGCCAGUUGUUGUUGGCUGCUAUAAAUGGCCCGCAAACUGAUAGUUCAUUGUUCAAGAGAAAAAAAAGACUACAGUCUCCCAAGAAAAGGGUAAAAGUCAGUCCAAAACGUGUCUUGCGGCCUGUUACAGUUUAGCACAAUUUAAGGUUCUCAAGUGGUUAAUGUAAAUUGGUCAUUUUGCUCAACUAACGAAAUUCCACUUCUCGUGGGCUAGCCUUUCUGAUUGUCGAUAUUUUGUUAGAGAUCUGGGUUUAUUUACACCUAGGUGUCUCAACGGAUUUUUCUGUAUAUGGCGCUACCCUUAUAUGGCAUCUUUUAUUUUCAAGUA